CCGGCCUGGUCCGGAAAACAGUUAUGUGCGGCUGUGGAGUCUCCAGCCUUCAGGACUGAGGAACUGAUGAGUGACGCUCCGGCUCCUUUUUGGCUCCCGGAUCAGGAUGGAUUUCCCCAGCUCCCUCCGCCCCUCAUUGUUUAUGACUGGUCCUCUUGGCAUGACUGACGGCCCUGACCUGUCCUUCAUGUGCAGCUGGAGAGAUGCACUCACCAUGCCUGGGUCUCAGCCCCCGAACUGCAAGGACCGGACAGUGCCAUUGGUCAAGAACCUGCUGUGGGAGCCAACGACACCAGGACCCCUCCCCUUGCUGCCUCCUGGUCCUGAUCCCUGGGAACCUGGCAUGACCCCUCGGGACCUCCUUUUCCGGGGAGGUCACCGCUACCAGUUCCGACCUCAAGUUGGGCUGGAUGUCACUGAGCAGCUUAGCCGCUUCCUGUGGGACCAUGGGGACAUAGCCUUUGCACCCCUGGGAAGGCUCAUGCUGGAGAACUUCAGAUUGGAGGGAAACAAGGGCUACUCGAAAAAGAUGACCAUAGUCAGCGUGAAGAGGCUGCUUCAGGACCUCGGUGGACACCAGCCCUGGGGGUGUCCUUGGGCUUUCCUUAGCCACCGGCUCCGUCGCUUCUCCAUCCUUGGGGGUCCUGUCCUGAGCAGGUCAGUGUCCAUGCUUCUGGGCAGGCUGCUGCAUGAAGAGCUGGCUCUGCGGUGGGAGCAGUUGCUGCUGGAUGAGGCCUUCACUGGGGGUGCCUUGGCCUGGCUCCCUGGAAGGACAGCACGGGUUGGACAGCUGGUCUACCCUAGUGGAGGUGCCCUGGACAAGCUGUAUUUCCAGGAGGUCAGUGUGAACUCAGGUGGCAAUCCCCGGGUCUUUGAGGACCCUGGGCAUAUCCAGCUGCGGGGACCUGUACGGCAGGUGGUGACCAGCACUGUCCAGGGAGAAACAUUCCUGGCUGUCCGCUCUGACUACCACUGUGCCAUGUGGAAGACUGACAAGCAAGGGCCGCCAGCACCCCUGAAGGUGCUGCAGGUGGAAAAGGGGGCCACUGGUGUUAGCCUCAGCCCUCACCUGCCAGGAGAGAUGGCUAUCUGCAGCCGUUCUGGAACUGUAUGUCUGUGGACCCCACAAGAUGGGCUGCAGCUAGUCUACAAGGACCCUGAGACGCUUGCCUUUCGUGAUCCUUCUCCCUGGCGCUGGGCAGACUUCACUGCCCACCCCCGGGUGCUGACCGUGGGUGACCGCACAGGUGUGAAGAUGGUUGAUAUUCAGGGACCCCCAGGCUGUGGGCUGCUGCUGUUCCGUGCCGGAGCUGAGGCCGCUUGCCAGAAAGGAGAGCGGGUGCUGCUUGCCCAGUACCUUGGGCAGCCGGGUACCACCUGUACUCCUCUGCAUCUAAUCUGCACCCAAUUCUCGAUCUACCUGAUGGAUGAGCGCCUCCCCCUGGUGCCAAUGCUCAAGUGGGACCAUGGUCUGCCAUCUUCUCCCCUGUUUGCUCGCCUGCUACCUCCAGCUAGCCCUGGCUUCCCACGGCCCCUGCUACUGGGGGGCCAGGGUGGACAACUUCAGCUGCUGCAUAUAACAGGAGAGGGCCCCUCCAUGCCCCAGCUGGCAGGGCCUCCUCAGUCUCUGCCCUCCAUCGUCGACUCCCUCUCCGCCUUUCCCCUACUGGAACCCAGGAGGCAGCAGCAGCUGCAGGAGCGUCUGGAGGCACCAGUCAUAGGUCUGGCUGCUGCUCCACCCUGUGCCUCUGUCCCGACGCUGCUGCUCUUCCAGCUCUCGGCAGCUGGAGACAUCUUCUACCAGCACCUACGCCUCCAGUCAGCCUCCAGUCUUGGAGAAGGAUCACUGGAUCACCCAGCACCAGAGGGCCCUGCACCCAAGGCAACAGCACCUAUGGAUCAGUCCUCUUGGACCCCUCAGGCCAGUGUCCGCUGCAGCCGUUGGGCGGAAGCCCUGAUGGAGCUGUCCCCUACUUGUCCAGUGUGGGCUGCCCCCACCUUUUCCCACCGCCGUUUUUUGGGCCACAUGGAGCAGCAGAAAAGCCAGCCCAUGUCACAGAAGCUCCGAGCAGCCAUGGCCAAGGGACAGCUCUUGCGACCUGAGGAUCUGGGUACACUCCCCAGGGCAGAGCCACCCCCUGCACCUCAGUGCAGCCAGCAGGAUGAGCUCACUGAGCGCUUGGCAGAAGCCUGGGAAAAUGGGGUAGCUGCCUGGUGGAAAGGGCACCGAGGUCAGACCUCAGGGUCCCAGACACAGACCAAGCGGCCUAAGCGCCGGACUCAGCUGUCCAGCACCUUUUCUUCCUCACUCACAAGCUACUUGGACAUCCCGGAUACCAGCAGCCCCUCUUGUAGCCAAAACCUUUCUACCUCAGAGGCUGGGCCCCAGCCCCCAGGGACCCAGCCCUCCCAGGAGUUGACACAGGAGCUGUGGACGGAAAGUGUGCAGCGUGAACGUCAACAGACACUCCAGGACUACAUGGCCAAGGUGCCACUUCAGAAGGACACUCCAGGACCUGUGGCUACACCUCCUUCCCAGGCUUCCAGCCUCCGGGCCAUGCCUUUGAGGCGGCAGGCACCUGUCCUGUCUGGCUCCCAUCCUCCCCAGAAGAAGUCACGGAUGGGCUUCUGAGUGUGGACAGCCAUGCCUGAAAACCUAGCCCUCAUCCAGGAGCCUUGCACCGAACUCAGCCAGUACGGUCUCCAGGACAGAGCCUCUACCUCCCAAGGACAGUGUGCCCAGCUGAAGGAAUGGGGAACAAGUCUGUUUUGUGUGUUUGAUGGCAGGUUAUUCCAGAGCUCCGGCUACAGAGGCUCCCUCGGGGUCACCUAUCCCAAGUCUCUGGGGACUCAUCCAGUGUGAGCUCCGUGGAACAGCAGCAGACUGUGGCCAGGGCCAGCUCCUGCGCUGGGGAUCUGGUCUGGUUACACCUCCCAGGGCAGCUUCACCCCUGCCCCCUGCAUCUCAGAUCAGUGGAGCUGAUGGAAGUAGAGCCCUUGUGCCAGUCUUAGCCUCCUGUCCUCAAGGACAGUGGUGCUGGGGGCUGAGGUGGCCCAUGUGGGUCAGCAGCUACUGUCGGGGGCUGUUUGUGACAGUCCACAUGGGCUCUGUAGGAGUUGAUGCUUUGACUCUGGCUCAGGGACCGAAUAAACCCAUCCACUAGCCGGGAGCCGGAUGUCAUAUGA